AUGAGUAGCUUCACUAUGGUUUAUUAUCAUAUCCCUGAAGAUUAUGAUGAUCCAGAACAGCCAAACGCAUUUGGAAUUCCUAAAAGCAUAGAGGAAAUAACUCUCACUGAUAUCAAAAAAGCUUUUCCGGUUGAAGGUAGUUACCACUUCAGAUUUAAAACAUCUCACAACAAAGCGAUUAUUUGGAUGGAUUUAAGCCAUGAAGACUGCAAAGUUCCAUUAUAUAUGAACAGAAUUAUUACAAAAGUCACAAGAAUAAGCUGGGAAAGCCAGCCUCAGCAUUCUCCUAAACGACAGGAUUCAUUUAACCAGCAAAUUCCAAGACAAGAGCCAUUCUCUCAACAGAUUCCUCAAAAGCCAGUACAACCUCAGUCUCCUCCACCUAAGGUGUCACCUUCAUUGAAUAUAUUUGAGCCAGAGCCAGCCAGUCAGCAUGUUAACAGGAAACCAAAUGAAGCUCAAUUUGAUUUUUUAUUCCCAAGCUAA